ACAUCGUCCUCAGCCAAACCCUAGGGUUUUACUGGCCUGUCUAUUGUUUGCUCCUUUUGAAAUUAUAAUUUCAUUCGUCAGUAUAUAUGAACACGCGCGCGCGCGCAUAUAUUCACUUUGAUUUCAUAGAUUUUUUGGAGUUGGUGUGUGGAGUUGUGGGUUUGAAUCUGGUGUGGUGAUGGAGUUUGGGAAGAAGAGAGACAGACCACAUGGUGCCUUUGCCGUCAAUGGAGGCUUCAAGAAAUCAAAGGACGCACUUCUGGAUACCAAUUUGGUGAGGGAUGUCACUUCCUGCAUUAUAUUCCGGGUGGCUAUAGUGCAGUUAGUCAGAUGACAAACAUGGGCGGUCCUGUUAGAAGAAAUGCCAUGGCUGCGACACCCUUUACUGAUGGUCCUGCAUCCACCAAGACCAAACUCUGCAACAAGGUUAAUACUCCAGAAGGAUGUAAAUUUGGAGACAAAUGCCACUUUGCACAUAGCCAGAUGGAGCUUGGCAAACCAUCUUUCCCAGGGUUUGAAUAUCCCCGAGCAAUGGAUCAAUGGUCAGCAGCAUCCCCACCUAGCCUACCUGCUGCAGCUAACUUCGGUUCGUCAGCUACAGCCAAGAUCAGCAUAGAUGCAUCUUUGGCUGGAGCCAUUUUUGGAAAGGGUGGUGUGAACUCAAAGCAAAUUUGUCGCAUUACUGGUGUCAAGUUUUCUAUAAAGGAACAUGAAACUGAUCCAAAUCAAAGGAAUAUUGAGCUUGAAGGAACCUUUGAUCAGAUCAAACAUGCUAGUAGUAUGGUGCGUGAGCUCAUCGAGAACAUUGGUGCUGCCACCGGUCCUUCAAAAAUCCCUUCUGGAUUGCCCGCUCGUGCUCCUCCAGCUAGCAAUUAUAAGACCAAGAUGUGUGAACGUUUUGCAAAGGGCACGUGCACUUUUGGGGAAAGGUGUCAUUUUGCUCAUGGAGUCGGAGAAUGGAUGCAACUUUCUGGGAGAAAAGAAAUGUCGACACUGCUGUAUUAGAGAUCACCAGGCACUUGAACUAUGUAGCUUUUGAGCUACAUUUUCCUCAGCAGUAGUAAUGUAACAUUUUUAAAGCUUGUCAAGAUGCAAUUGUUAGGUUGUCCUUGAGCUGAACAGCCCAAGCAUGGCUUGGUGAUCCAGCCUGCAGUUUGCUUUCCUCUCCUAUGAUUUUCCAAAUUCUGUCUUUCGUUUGAGAACAUUCUUGUUUGUGUUACUAACAAUCUAUUUUUUCUUUAGUACUUUUAAAAUGUCUGUUAUUUUUUGAAUUUUUCCCAAU